GCACAAGUAGACUUCCCAGAAUACUACGAAGUGAUUGGAGAUAGCAUCAGGGACAUCUCCCAAGAGUGUUACAAUAUGAUUGAAUCAGCUUCAAAGAUUAUGUGAAAAACUUCUCAAGGUCGUGAAGACCUCUCAAGACAUUUCUACACCUGCACAGCUCUCAGAGGAGACUUCCCUUAUGAUCAACACUUCUGGAAUACUUACACUGAAGUCUUUGCUGGUCAAGUGCAAUAUGCAUGGCCAGGAAACAUUGAAAUCAUGUGUGAUAAACUCAUGGGUUCUCCAGGUAAUGACGAUAUGGAGAAGAUGGGUGCUUUUGUAAGAGAUUACUACAAUGGAGGAUGUCUUGGGGACUACGAUGAAUUCCUACAGGAUUAUGGAACUGGUGAGAUUACAUACGGAAUUUAUCGUCAGUGGUACUACCAAAUUUGCACGGAGUUUGCCUACCUCCAAACCACAACCUCUCCCAAUCAACCAUUUGUCCAGAAUGCAGUAACAGUAGAUUAUUUUGAUCGUGUUUGCAAGGAUCUAUUUGGUCCUAACCUAGAUCCCAUGGAAGUAUACGUCAAUCGGACCAACAGAGUUUACGGAGGUCGUAAUCAUGCCUUAACCAAAGUAGUUUCAAUCCAUGGAAGUGUUGACCCAUGGCAUCCACCAGGAAUCACCGAAAGCCUUCAUGAAUUAGCACCUGCUAUGUUAGUCCAUGGAUCUGCUCAUUGUCAAGACUCCGGAUCUUUGAUCCCAUCAGACAGUGAAGAAAUGCAACAAGCAAAACGACUGGUUAAGGAAUCCAUAGCAAAAUGGAUUCAAUAAAACCACAGGAUUCAUCUUGGGUGCAAUACAAAAUAGUACUUUAUUAGAAAUGUUUCUUUUCAAAUCUGUUUUUAUAUAUAAUCAUCCUUUAUCAUUAAUUAUAUAGAUCUUAUAUAAAUUUCG